AUGCUGUUUGGACCGCUUUCCCUUCUUCUGCUCAGAGUGAUAGCGGCGAGGAAUGAGGAGAAUCACAUGAAGGGAGGUGGAUAUGGCUCCCAUGACGAGGAUGGAUGGGAAGGAAUGUUCCACGGGGAGGAGGCGGACGCGGCAGGAGGAGCGAUAGGAAAAGCGACAAUCCGAGUGGCAGGAGAACAGGAAGACAUGUGGGCAGAUAAAAACUACAAGCAGCUUGUGGAAACGUCGGCCAGGAACAACCGCGUCGUGUGUGUUCAAAAAGAAUUCAACGAUUUAAUAUACUAUAAGCAUGACAAUGAAUGCGAUCCGCAAAAUACAUUCAGCUUCUCCUUCAAUUCUACAUUCAAAUUUGACAGUAAGUAUUAUGACCGCUACAGACAAGAUAAAAAAUCGUUUGUGGAGAGGAAAAUUAGCCCCGAUGAGGCAGUGGGGUCCUGUAUAAAUUGCCUCUUCCUGGACGAGAUGAACUUCCUAAGUAUCUAUGGACACACGUUUAUAUAUGACAAAUCUGAGGAGGCGGAGUAUAAGGGGUCCUAUGAGAGAAUAAUCGACCUGCAUUACGUACCCGAAGGGAAGGGGGAUUCCAUGGAGGUCGGUACCGACGGUGUGAAUGUCCGGGAUAGCUCUGCGCGCAGUUGGAGCUACCACGGGGGGGAUGACAACUCGGAUAGAUUAGAAGUGUUUAAUUGGCCGCAGAAAUCUUCUCCCAUUUUGGACAGCCGCGAAAACAUAAUACUAGAAAAUUUCCUACGCGAUAACAGGAUACACUACGCGUAUGACGAAAUAGGGGACGGCGGGGAAGCUGAGGGGGAGAGAAGUGGACAGCCAAGUGAAGCCACUGACCUGGUCAUCGGAGAUGCUUCGCUGAAUAGAAAAAUGGUCGACAAUUUUUUUAUGAAUUUGAAAAGGGGGGCAAUUGCCGAGCACCGAAAAGGAAGGGAUCAAGAUGAGGUGGGAGGAAAGAGCAGUGCUGGAGAAGUGAACAAGGUGGGGCACCUCUCCGGGCCGCACAGAACCCACCCCCCCACGGAAGGCAAAACUUCUGAACACAUCAAAGACAUGACAAAUCUCACGUUCGAUAAGAAAAAGUGCAAGAGGUUCAGAGAGGACAUAAAUAAAAGAAAAAUAUGGAGCAACGUGCUCCUGGUGAACUCAUUUACCAACCUUAACAUCCUAUCACACAUCGAUAAAUAUAAAGGGAGGUACCAAGAGUUAAAAUAUUCCUCUUUAAACGAAAAUUACAAAAAAAGGAAGUUAAACAAUCUGAUACAGACAACACUCGAUUUGAAUGAUCCGAAUUAUCUUAUUAGAAAUAACAUAUUCAUUCUGAUUGCCAAUGAUGAAAUCAAAUUUUUAGACGAGGUAACUUUCUGUGGAAACCUCCCCCAGGAUGGUCAGUGGUCUCUUCCGUACGUUACAGAUAAGACGGUGCGUGUGGAAUAUGAACUGAUAAAGCGAAGAUACAACUUUUCUGACACAGGAGAGAAUAAUCGUGUCUUUCUCAUCAAGGUGAUGUACCAUGAGGAACAGAUAAGUCUGAUUCUAAUGGACUACAUCAUAGGGUUUGGAGACCCCAUGAAGCUGUCUAUUCCUUUUUUCUAUCUUGCAUCCCAUGAGUACUUUUCUCAGUACAAGCAUUUUUUUAUGAAGGAUAAUUUGAUUGGCUGGAUCGGCAGGGAAAAGAUGCUAUACAUCACGGCGAUGCGAAAGAUUUUUUCCUACCUGCGCGAAAGCGCGAGCUACGCGAAGAGGCCCUACGACGUCGUGACAAUGGAAAACAAAAUCAUCUCAAAUGUAUAUCUGCUGUAUCUUAGCCACGACAUUUUCAAGUACGUCCUCUUCGGGAGGUACAACCCGCUUAAGGACUGCUCUCUCCACAAAAACAUCCCAUUUGAGGCAGCGCUCCUCAGCCACAUCAGUACAUUUACACAGGAAGAGUUAUCCAAUCAGGAAGCCUAUUUCACGAAGAUAGCAAAAAAACAAAUCAAUCAUUUAGACGAUCAGAAUAAAGCGACUCGAUUGGAUGUCUUCGAUAUCUUUGUCAUCCCAUCAGCUAAUUAUGUUAAGUUCCAGCAAGUGCUAUCUAGGCUCUUCAAGGCUCUCUUCGAUUGUGGAGGGAAACAUAUUUCUCUGUUGCUGAAGAUCAUCACUGUCAGGUCUCACUACGAUAUGUUGUACAAUUUUAACUGCUACAAUUAUCAGCUACACAGCUUUUUGGUUAACCUGCUAGACCUGCACCAGGAGUACUAUGAGCACGCCGAGCUGGAUGCCUUGUUCAGGGAGAGCCAACAAAUUCUGCUUCGCCUGGUGAAGCUGACGCUCGACGAAAUGAACAACCUCAUCCCGUUUAACGAGGACAAGAAGCUGGUCAAGUACCUCAUCGUAAUUCUUUACUUUGGGAACGACAUGUUCUGUCUGGACAAGGAAAACUCCAUAUACAUUCAACUCAUUCACGAGCUGCGCCAUCUGAACAUACACCACGCGAUCCUCGUGGCGUACCUAUCCGGAGACAAAUCGGGGACGCUGUGCUCAGAGGAGAGGGCCAUUCAAGUGGACUCCCCAAAAAAAGAUGAAGAAGACGCCCCCAACUGGAGUGCCCCAUACCUCACCUUCGAGGAUCAAAACGCAUAUUUGAGGGCUCCUACAAACAGAAUUGAUCUGGUGGACCCAAUAGCUGCCUUCCUAAACCGGUUCGAUAACAGACACUUCGGGGAUUUCCACGUGACCAUAAAAUCGGAGGAGCAUUACUCUCUUGGCAUCUUCAUAGUCUCUUACAUGGCGUCAGUUAUAUUCAUCAUCGGAGAGCUCAACAGGAAACACAAGGUCAUUUAUGUCUACCGAAUAUUUAAAAAUGUGUACCUGAGGAAUCACCCCCACAACAUUACCAAAUAUUACACCUUCUGGAACACCAAGCUGUACGCGUUUGCGCAGUACGAGCCGGAGUGCGUCCUGCUCUUCGAUAGGUACAGCCUGUAUGAGAAGUACAGCUCGGAGGAGAAGCACUCCUCGGAAGAGAAGUCCACCUCGGAAGAGAAGUCCACCUUGGAUGGGAAGUACAUCUUGGGAGGGGAGCCGAUUCCCCCGGGGGGCGAGCCCGACGCGCUCAAAAACAACGAGGAGCUGAUAAACCACUUCGCCGCACAGGAAAACAGCUGUCUGUACUACGAAAGCAUCAUCAAUAAAUCGCAGGGCGAGUUCGUAGUGAGCGAGUACCUGGAGCUUAGACACCGAUUUAUGAAGAAAAUGAAAAAAAAAAAAAAUAAAAAAAAGCUGUACGAAAAGAUGAAAAACUACAAUUUUUUUAAUGACCCCCUGGAAAUAUCCUACAAGACGAGGAAAUUUCAAAAUGAAAACUUAGUAGACAUUUGCAAAGACAUGACAUUUGAGAAGAACCACCUAUGCAUGUUUCAUAAAUCUAGGAUCAUACUAACUUAUCUGUAUCUGCUGACCACCUCACCAGAGUACACAUUCUACGUAAUCAGUCCCCUAGUCUUUAUAAAGCCAAAAAAGUAUUGCAACCAAUACGACAUCCCACUGAUGCUGAAUAAUAUAUUAAAGAAUAGGAGCUUCUUCAAGAAGAGCUCCAAAAUAUGCAUUAACUAUGCCUUUGCUCAUUUCAUAUCUUCCGGAGACAAAACGAACAACUUUAUCGUCACUGCCAAGAUCAGUGGCACUAUGGUCAAUAUCAGCAAGAACAACUUGUUGCUACUUCUCCCGCUGAGAAAAAGGGUAGACAUUUUGGAUCACUUCACAAAUAAAGAAUAUGACAUCAAGGAGGAAAUCCUAAACGAGUAUUUCAUUCUUGGUAACCCCUACAUCCCCAUUAGUGUCAUUUCGUACAGCUACGGGGACUACAACGAGGUGAAAAAUAAUGAGCAUAGCACUAUAGCGGGGGCAUUCAUAAAGAGGCAGGACCAGAACUUUGUCAUUUAUCGUAAAAUGACCAGUGGGAAUGGGAAGCAUGAUAACCACAACGCGGUUGACCAGCGUGAGCAACAAGAUGCCACCUCCUGCGCAGAAAACCACUCAUUCCAAUUUAACGGCAAACUCCUCUGCUUCUGCGACGUGCUCAGCGGCAAGGGAAAGGAGCAAACCAACAAUUGUAUCUACCCCUUUUGUGAACAGAACAAACGAUUCUGCUACUUCAACGAAAGGUGUGUGAACGGUCGGUGCGUGUGCAUCGAUGGCUACUCAAGAAAUCCGAUGAGUUCUCUCUGCGAAAAAAACAACCAGUGUAUCUUAUCUGGUGAAUCAAACUGUAAAGAACCGGGAAAAUGUGUCUUGGCUGAAAGUAGAUACGUGUGCCUCUGCCCAGACCCAUAUGUGCGCGUUUUAAACAACUGCCUGCACCCGCUCAAGGGCAUCAAGAUCGGCCUGCGCAUCUUCAACCAUUUCCAAAAUGACUUCUCUAAUGACGAGGACGAUGCAUCGAAGAAGGAGAAGUUCUACACCAAUGUGUUCGGCUCCAUGUCCGAGUACCUCAGGGAGGUCAUCAAAAGUGUGAUCGAUCCCGCGCUCACCACGCGCAUACACGUCAAGCCCAUACAGAAGCUGAAGAACGGAAUCAAAGCGACGAUCAUAAUUAACCAGCGAAACAGCCCCGAGGAACCAACACCCAUUCAAGUCUUUAACAUUUUCCUCGACCAGUUAGGCGACUCUACAUCUGAGCUCAACAAUGGAUUCUACGCCUACUUCGCUAGAUUCACGUACAUAGAAUACGUAAAAUCGUUCUCAAAGGACGACGGGUCCUCCCCAUUUUACGAUAAUCUCUUCCGAUACGUCCCAACCUUUUUCGUAAACAUGUUCGAGGUAGAUGCGUUUAAUGGCAUAUCCAUCAUCGCAUGCAUCAAUUUUUUUGUUUUAGUCCUUGUUAUCUUUGCGCUGCUCUUUUACUUCUUCUACUUAUUUGUCAAAAUGAAGUUUUUCCGAGAUGUGCACCUCAAGGGGUUUUAG